GGCGCAGGGGUGCUGCGGUCCGACCAAAGCUCCUCUGUGACUGCGAGUCAGCCCUGGUCCCAACCUUUUGCCUGGAGACGCCGCGCAGCAGCGCUGUGCUGUAACCGGAAAGCCCAGGAACUCUGAAAGCAAAACUGAAACCACUCCACCCGUAGGAAAUAACAUGGACGAAAUGGAAGCUGACCUUUGUUCUCCAGGGAAUAUCCAGAGUGGAGACGGAAUGUUUUAGAGGGUGACGUGGCUUUUAGAAGAUAGGAAUUUUGUUUAGCAGUAAGGAUGUGAUCUAUUGGAAAGCCUGCCAGAAGGGAGUUCAGGCAUCAGUUCUAAACGGCAGCGACUGGAGGUUCUUCAGGGACAUGGAAAAACCAACACCAUGGUAGCAUUAAUGAAACUUUAUCAAGAGGAAGAUGAAGCGUAUCAGGAAUUAGUUCUUACUGCAACCAUCUUUUUCCAGUAUUUACUGAAGCCACUUAGAGAUAGGCGAGAACGUGCAACUUCAAGUAAGCUUAAUAUUUUGAAGUCCCUGGAUGAGGAUGAGCUGGGUCCUCAGAGGGUGGCUGCCCUGCAGAAGGAAGCCCAAAAAUGGACCAGCCAGGCUGAAGAUGCUGUUGCCUCUAUUCAAGACAUCACUGUGGAUUAUUUUAAGGAGACAGUGAAGGCAUUAACAGAAAUGCAGAAACAAAUGGAAGAAGAUAGUAAGAGAUUUGGCCAGGCUGCCUGGGCCACUGCUGCGCCCAGGUUAGAGAAACUCAAGCUCAUGGUCGCUCGAGAGACGCUGCAACUCAUGAGAGCCAGAGAAUUAUGUUUAAACCACAGAAGAGCUGAAAUUCAGAGAAAGAUGGAAGAGCUUCCGGAACAAGAAAAAAAAACCAUGCAUGUUGUGGAUGAAUUAGAAAUACAGUAUUAUGAAAUUCAAUUGGAACUAUAUGAUAUUAAGUUUGAUAUAUUAAAAAAUGAAGAAAUACUUCUUAUUACCCAGUUGGACUCUGUUAAAAGGCUUAUGAAAGAGAAACAGGAUAAAGUUGUCUAUUAUGACACAUGUGAAAGCCCAGAAGAACUUCAGGUCCUUAGUUGGGCUGCGGAGCUGUGGGACGGUGAGAAUGCAGAGAUGGAAGAGCUCACCCUGCAAUGCCGACAGCUGGAGAUGCAGCGGGGCAGAAUCUGCACCAGGAGAGCCCGUCUCAGGAACAGAAAGGAUCAGUGCAAAGAAAAUCAUCACCUCCGAUUGCAACAGGCUGAAAAAAAUGUCCGAUAUCUGCAUGAGCAUCACAGCAUUCAGCUGAAAAGAGACAAAAUAAAAGAAGAAGAACAGAAGAAAAAAGAAUGGAUCAACCAAGAGCGCCAGAAAACCCUCCACCGAUUAAGAGCAUAUAAAGCGAAAUGUCCAGCUCAAUCUGUGCUACAAAACUCUGCCUCAGAGCCUGCGGCCCCAAAUUCGCCAGGUGACCUUUCCCAGCAGCUACCCUCACCAGCUUCUCAGCCAGGGACAGCAACUCUCCCACCCUCCCGGAAAACCAGACGUGCUCCUCCCUUCUGUGAAGUUAGCCAUAUGGAGUGUCGGGACUGUCCUAGAAACAUCCCUGUCCACAUAUUUGUCCCCGCUGGUCACCAGACACACUCCAGAUCCAGCGAGGCACUGUCACCUCCACCACCACAGCUUCCCCCUCCACCUCCCCCUCUUCCUCCACCGCCACCCCCGCUGCCACCUCUCUCUGCUCGGCCCUCCUGUUCCCAAACUGCCACUCAUCGGAAGCCAGGCCCCAGGACUUCAGUGGAGGAUGACCAGCCACACCCUCUGAUGUGUGAACCCCCUGCCGAAAUCCCACAGGGCUCCUUGGAAAUUCUUCAGGGACCAGGAUCUAUGGACAAAGUGCUGGCCUCGUUACGGCAUGACAGAGCUCGUCACCUCCAGAAAACAGAAGCGCCCACUCCGCCCCCUCCCCAUGCCUUUGUCAGUGAGGACAUCCUGGCGGCCAUCAGGCAGGGGGUCAAGCUGAAGAAAGUCUUCCGGGACCCAGACCCAGGGCAUAGCACCAAGCCAGCCAACGACCUGGAGAGAAGCAUUAAGGCGGCUCUGCAGAGAAUCAAGCGAGUGUCUGCCGACUCGGAGGAGGACAGUGACGAGCAGAACCCCAGCCCGUGGGACAGUUAAGGUCUUCUCCGCGUGUGGCAAAGGUAGACAGGCUACAUAGCACCCUGAAGAUCAGCCAGGCUUUGGACAUGACAUUGCAGCUUUGAUGUGGCUCCCAAAAUUGGGGAGGGAAGCAGGGCUGAGACUGUCACAUGUCAACCCGGGGCACGCGUGAAAUCCACAGCAAGUGUCGCUGGCCACGGGGCACAGUGCUCACUUUGCACCUGGGUCACGGACUCGCUCCCUGGUUGUGAAGUUUACCCUGCUCUGUGGACAGUCCCUUGACAGCUGCUGACUGCCCGCCUGUGUGUGUGCAGUAGAGGUUCCUCAGUUUAAAGGUCUGAAUGUGAACAUUUAGUAAUCAUCACAGUAAACUGCUUACAUUCAGGAAUUAUUUUAAAUGUUUAAAUGAAAUUUAUGUAUCAAG